AUGUCGGCCUCCCGCAAGCUCCGCCCCGCCCCGCCCCGCGCUCGCUCCGCCCUCUGCGCGCCCUGUUCCGUGCCUUGAGGUUGCGGUCAGCGCGAGCCGCUGCAGCGAGUCGGGGCAGCCCGUGAGCGUGAAGCUGCAACCUUUUCCUCCCGCCGACGCAUCUCCAACCCGGACUCCGCCCGCCUCGGUCCGGGUCCAGGCCCCGUUGUACCCCGCCCGGCGCCGGACAGCAAAGCCGCCGUCGCCGCGUCCCGAGGAACCUACAGCCGCCGCCAACUCCGCCCGCCGAGCAAGAUGGGAAAUGAGGCGAGUUACCCUUUGGAAAUGUGCUCACACUUCGAUGCUGAUGAAAUUAAAAGGCUAGGAAAGAGAUUCAAGAAGCUUGAUUUGGACAAUUCUGGUUCUUUGAGCGUGGAAGAGUUCAUGUCUCUGCCUGAGUUACAACAGAAUCCUUUAGUACAGCGGGUAAUAGAUAUAUUCGACACAGAUGGGAAUGGAGAAGUAGACUUCAAAGAAUUCAUUGAAGGAGUCUCUCAGUUCAGUGUCAAAGGCGAUAAGGAACAGAAGUUGAGGUUUGCUUUCCGUAUCUAUGACAUGGAUAAAGAUGGCUAUAUUUCCAAUGGAGAACUCUUCCAGGUGUUGAAGAUGAUGGUGGGCAACAAUCUGAAAGAUACACAAUUACAGCAGAUUGUAGACAAAACCAUAAUAAAUGCAGAUAAGGAUGGAGAUGGAAGAAUAUCCUUUGAGGAAUUCUGUGCUGUUGUAGGUGGCCUAGAUAUCCACAAAAAGAUGGUGGUGGAUGUGUGACUCUUUGGAGAAUACCACCCAACACUUUUACUUUCUUCUCCAUCUCUGAAGAUCUGCUCAAGACGUCCAGCAAUGCUCUCUGUGUAUUUAAAUGGAAGUAUUUUUCUCUGUGAAGCCACAUUUUCCAACAUGAGCCUCAUGAAGCCAACUAAGUGUUAUUGAACUCCUACUCUCUCAAUAACUCAGUGUAGCACUUUAAAGUUUGAAGGACAGCAGCAUGAAAGAGCAUAUCAGUAUGGUGGAGAAAGGGAAGGGGUUGGCUCUUUAAUUUAUUUUUCUUCAUCUUUUAUAACAAGAAAGUAUCUAUAUAUACAUAUGUAAAUAUUUAUAUAUAGAUAUAUGUAGCUUUCUAUAUAUUUAGUAGGUUGGCUUUAAUUUAAUAUACUUGAUUCAGAAGCAAAAUGUUAGAGUACAAAAGUGCCAAGCAGAACAUAAACCAUCCUUACUUUUAUUUCACACAGUUUUAUAUGUAGAUAGAAGAUUGUACAAUUUGCGCCAGGUAUUAGGCCAGCUAUUUUCCUUUCUCUGUGCUUUCUCCUUUGAGAGAUGAUAAAGCAUUUGUUAAUGCCCUAUUAUUUACCUUAAUUACACUUUUGUAACGAGUCUGUAACUUUAUUUAUAUCUCUGAGUAUCUUUCCAGGGGCUAUGUCUCAUUGCCGAGCAGCGUUUAAUCCAUUUCUGUUGGAGGUCUAGUUCAGUGCUGCUGCCAAGAGUGGAUUCUUGUGUCCAUAGAACUGCAUUUACUAUGGCUGCUUCAGGCUGAUAGUUCUUAAGUAGUUGCUGUUAUUUUUAUUAAGUGUCCCUGAGAAAAUGUAAUUAGCAGUUGUGAUUUUAUAAAGGUCCAAAGUUUUCUGAGGCAGUCAUGACUUUUAAUGUAUUAUUUAGUGAGUAAAACCCAAAGUAAUCAUGGCUUAAAAUAUCCUUGUUUCAUUAUACACAAGGAAAUAGUUGUCACUAAACUGUAAAUCAUGGAUUCAUUUU